GUGGAGCUGCGGCGGGGAGGUGGGACGGGCGGGCGCUGAGGCUGGGUGAGCGGCUGACAUGGCGCACUUGGGGCGUCUCCUGGUUCCCCUGGCAGCCCUGGUCCUGUUGCUCUGGGCGGUCCCUGGGGCCCACGGGCGGCGGAGCAACGUGCGUGUCCUCACCGACGAGAACUGGACCUCGUUGCUGGAAGGAGAGUGGAUGAUAGAAUUUUAUGCCCCUUGGUGCCCUGCUUGUCAGAAUCUUCAACCAGAAUGGGAAAGCUUUGCUGAAUGGGGAGAAGACCUUGAGGUUAAAGUUGCAAAAGUGGAUGUCACAGAGCAGACAGGACUGAGUGGACGGUUUAUCAUAACUGCCCUUCCUUCUAUUUACCAUUGUAAAGAUGGUGAAUUUAGGCGCUAUCUGGGCCCGAGGACUAAGAAGGACUUCAUAAACUUCAUCAGUGAGAAGGAGUGGAAGAGUGUGGAGCCUGUCUCAUCAUGGUUCGGCCCAAGCUCUGUGCUGAUGACUACUAUGUCAGCACUUUUCCAGCUGUCUGUGUACAUCAGGACUAGCCACAGCUAUUUUGUCCAUGACCUUGGAUUACCGGCGUGGGGCUCAUACUUGGUCUUUGCUUUUGCAACUGUGCUCUCAGGCCUGCUCUUGGGGCUCUUUAUGAUAUUUGUGGCGGAUUGCCUUUGUCCUUCAAAAAGACGCAAACCACAGCAACACUCCACAAAAAAACCACCAGAAUUUUCUCAACCUCUGAAAAAAGUGGAGGAGGAACAAGAGGCUGAUGAUGAAGAUGUUUCGGAAGAGGAAACAGGAAACAAAGAAGGAGCAAACAAAGACACGCCACAGAGUGGCGUAAGGCAGCGCUGUGUGGGCCCAUCGCUGGCCACAGACAAAUCCUAAUUUUUACAGAUGUCUUACUAUUAUGGUUCUGACAAAACAGAAGGCUGAUGGGUCAUUUCUGUUUUGAGGUGAACUGUGACUUGCUUGUAUAUACAGUCGAGGUUGUCAUUAGGUCGAACAGUUCUCAUUCAGGAAAUGAAAGCAGUUAGGCGUAACAGUUUGAAAUAUGAUUUAAGAAUAUUAUGAUGGUUUAAAGUUGCUUAAUUUCAAAAGAUCCUGGUGCCAAGCAGUGAAAUUCGUGUUUAUAUUUAAUAAUCUGUUUUGUGUGAGAUUCAGAACUGCCUUUCCCAAGCUUCGCAUCACUGGGUAUUUAAGAGAAUUACUUUAGAGAGAGACUUCUCAUUUCACAUCAUUUUUCUCAGUUUCACUGUGUGAAAAAAGAAACAUAUUUCCCAUAAAUGGGAACGUUGCCCACUGUCUCAAGAUGUGUACUUCAUUGAUGACGCUGCGCUUAGGUAGAAUCCAAAAUUUCCUCGUAGAUUUUGGAUUAUACAGCUAGCAAAACUACCUUACUUUAUAGCUUUCAUUUCUACACCUGACAUUAGGAUAUGCUGCUGAUUUAAAAAGUGUUUAUAAAUCUAUGGCAUUGUAUUAUUCUCAAAAUUGAUGGCCUGUUUUGGUAUCUUGUUCACUCUAUGAUGACAUUCUUUUUUAAUUUUGCCGUGUUACAUUUUUUAAGUUGGAUGAAACUAACAGUAUCACUGUUGUGUUUACUGUGGGUAAACAGUACUUUUCUAUUGUUUUAAGUUGAAGUUUACUGAGAGAACCAUCAAACUGAACUGUUUACUUGAAAAUGUGCAAGUUCGGCUAUACAUUCCAGAUUUUAAAUUAUUAUUGUUAAAUGGUCUUGAAGUUGUCUCUGCUUUUCUCUUUUUAAUGUGAAGAUGAAAUUUUCUGAUUUUUAAAGUUUGGUGUGGGGAAAAGCUUUGGUAUUUUAUAUUUUGGAAAUUCAGAGCUUACUUUGAUGUAAAAUGCAGUCUACAUUCUACACAGGAAACAUCUACUACUGUGUGUAGCGUGUCUCUGUCCUCUACAGGAUCUUGAUGGGUUUUGUAGUCAGUAUAUUGCUUUGUGUUUGAAAAUUGUAGCAUUGUUAUGUUUUCAAGACAUUUCGUAUUGUUCUUGACUGCUCUUACUGCGCAUCAUCUCACAAAUGGAAAUCGGCAAGAUGGACUACAUCCAUCUCCUCGUUCAGCAAGGGAAGGGUAUAGAGGGAGACUGUCUUGAUGCCAGCUAAGUUCUCGGAAUGAGUCAUCCAGCCUGUAUGGAAUUGGUGGCUUCUGUGACGCUCCCUCCCUUCCGUUCUCCCUGUGAGUCUUAGACUUGCAGUGUUAUGAUGUGCAUCAGCUUCCUUUUAGGCCUCUCCUUUAUAAUAUCAAAUAUUGUCAGUUUGGAUAUGUAGUUUGUGGUGGCUUAGAAAAACAUUCUAAGCAUAAAAUAAAUGUUUCUAAGCACUUCAGUGAUGUUGAAGAGA